GUGAAGGCGCCCUUAUGUAUGUCACCUUGUGACAUCACUUUUUAUACUUUAUGACAUCACAGCAGAAUCUUCUAAUUCUUCAGAAAGACUCUCGCAGGUAUCAGCCACAAGUAGAAGAGACUUGGCUUGGAAAACGAGUGGCUCAUGAUGGUUUCUUAACCUUCUGACUCAGCUCCGCGUUGUAUCCAGGGUGAGAAAAACUAUGAAUGAAAAAGUUCUGAAAAGGCUGGGCUACAAGCUCGGAGCCACUAUCGGUGAAGGGAGUUUCUCCAAGGUCAAGCUGGCCACAUCCAACAAGCACUCCACACAAGUUGCCAUCAAAAUAGUGGACCGCAAGAGGGCACCACAUGAAUUUGUCUCAAAAUUUCUGCCCCGGGAACUGGCCACUCUAAAAGCUGCAAGGCACGAUCACAUUGUUCAUGUUCAUGAAUUCAUCGAGGUCCACAACGGACCGCUGUACAUCGUGAUGGAGCCCGCCACAACAGAUCUCCUCCAGAAGACCCAGGAGCUCAACUGCAUCCCCAGCGACCAGGCCAAAAUGUGGUUCUCUCAGAUCCUCAGUGCCGUGACCUUUCUGCACCAGAAAGACAUCGUCCAUCGAGACCUGAAGUGUGAAAAUGUGCUACUGACCGCUGACCAUCAGGUCAAACUGACAGACUUUGGUUUUGGGCGGUUUGCAAAAGGCUUCCCUGAACUAAGCCAGACGUUCUGUGGCUCUGCUGCCUACGCGCCACCUGAGGUGCUUUUGGGUGUGCCCUAUGAUCCGAAGAAGUAUGAUGUGUGGAGCCUGGGGGUUGUUCUUUACGUCAUGGUCACCGGCUGCAUGCCCUUCGACGACUCCAAUGUGAGCCGUAUUCCACGGCUCCAGGGCAAAGCCUUGGUGUAUUCUGAGGGGAUCCCAGUGGAGGAGCCCUGUCGUGCCCUCAUCUCUUAUCUGCUGCAAUUCUGUCCCUCCACACGGCCUUCAGUGACACAAGUGGCACAGCAUCCUUGGCUACAGUAA